UCGCGCCUCUUCCUCUUUACUGUCUGUAUUUUUGUCUCUUUUUUUCUCUCUGGGGUGUCCUUGCUGUCUUUGUAAACACAAUUGGAGAGGUUUCUUUUUUUUUAACCUCCGCCUCCAAAACGAGCUUAUUAAUGUCGUCCUCGGUAUCAUUUCUGUUUGGCUCGUCAAAUUCAUUUCUUUUUCCUCUGUGUCCGUUUAAUUGAACCCAUUUAAAAAAAACCACAUAAUUAGCAUUUAAAUCUCUUUCCUACAGUCUCUUGCCCUCCCCACGUCGCUCUCUCUCCCCUCUCUUACUCCACCAGACUCUACAUGUCUCAGUCGCUAAGGCAACCGAUGCUUUUUUUUUCCCUCCCUCCCUCACUCUCUCUCUCCCUGUAUCUCCCCCUUUCUCUCUGUCUCCCUCUCUCAUUCCCUCUCUCCACAGCCAGAGGUAGGCAUGAUAACUGAUAUGUGUCGGAGCGCGUGUGUUCGUGUGUCUCUGAGUGACAUUUCUGUGGCAUUUAUGCAGUAGUUGUUGAUAGGAAGUUAUCUCUCUCUGCUCAAAGUGACUUAUAGAGUGCUCGCUCCAUGCAUGACGACUCUAAUGAUGAUUAAUGUGCCGUGCUCAGGUGUGUGUGCGCUGUGGAUGUGUGUGACAGGGCAGAGCAGACGGCCAGUGUGUACUUCUGGAUGUUUUUUUUUUUUUUACCAUGCAGAUGUGUGUGAACAUGUGGCGGACAGUUGAGCUUUAAAUUGUGAUGCCCCGGGGAGUCCGCUUCUUUCAAAAUGUGACAGAGUUGGCUUUUCGCCAGCACUCUUGCUGCUGUCUGUGUUUACAUGGAUUUUACGUGGCAAAACACAAGCAGAAGAAGAAGAAGAAAGGAAGCGACAAAAAGCAGGACCCUCCCCCCUUUCUGGCUUUUAUUCCUCUCUUGCCCCUCUGUUUUAUCUUACAGAGAGAGAUGAUCGGAGAAGAGGAGUCUCAGUGAACAGAGUGAAGCGAUGGAGAGAUGCUCCAUCUCUCCUGUCGCACGACUGACUGGCCUCAUCUCUCUCCUCCUGGUUGCUUUGGUGACACAGCCCUCCACCUGUAACCGUGACGACAGAGAGGCCGAGGAGCAGGUGGACGCCCUGUCGGUCCAGCUGUCCGUCACCGCCCAAGUCACGCCCACCCCUCUGUGGGCGGUGGUCUGGGGUCCCACGCAGCAGCUGGAGGACGAGACCUACCACUUCCUCUCCAGCCAGGAAACCGAUCACCUGUAUCUACACGGGAACCAGCAAGAGGCCAGCACCGCCACGCCUGAGAACUGGCUUUACCCUGACGAAAACAUGCAGCCACCACUGGAGCCCAGAGACCAGAAGGGAGUGGAGGAUGGUGGGACGGAGGCAGAGGAGACAGAGCCCGAGGAAGUGGACCCUCAGUUCUACGUCACCGUGACCAUCUCCUCGCUGCUCAUCCUGACAGCAGUCAUCAUUACAGCCAAACUCUGUUACGAUCGCAGCUGUUCCCAGCAUCCGCCCCCGCUUUCCCGUGGCGUAGCACCCCCCCUCUCCCUCGCUCUCCCUCGCUCCCUUGCUUCGGAGGACAGCCGGCAGACGCUGCACAGCACCUCCUCCUCCUUCACCGACAGGGAGAGGAUCCCUGUUGUGAACCUCUGAGGUGACUGUUUUUCCAUAUGGUAAACAUUUCUACGGGGCCCGAGGAGGAGCAUCAACAAGACCGGAGGGUGCGCCCGCAGCACCGUUUUUAUUUUCUCUAAACUGUGAAAUGAAUUCAGGGAUCCCAGGUAUCCAGCCAUCACAAAACACUCCUGCUUCCCUGAGGUCUAAAAAAAACAAAAAACAAAAAAAAGGAACAUCUGAACUCAUCUCCCUCCUUUCCUCCGUCCGUCCUUCCUUCCUCCUGGCUUGGUGUAAAUUUCUUUUAAUGUGGAUCUGCGUCACUGUGACAUGUUCUCCGUUUUCCAGCCUUUAUUUGGCCCCGAGCUCUGCUAAGCUUCGACCCGCCACAACUAAUUCACAAACAAGCAGUUUAAACAACCAUGAAGCAUCCCAUUAUCCCCGAAAUGCCCUACCUGUGCUUCCACAACCGUUCCCACCGAUCCAGCCCCACAUGUGAAGCUGUUUAGUAUUAAUGGCAAUCCCGGCAGAGUCUUCUUUUUACAUAACAUGACACUCAAAUUUGGCUCAGAUUAACAGGCUUGUAGAUGGUUAAAAAGCCAUUCUGAGCACCUCCACACACUGAACGGGGCAUUUCACAAAGCUGUUUGGCACGGCUGUAGCCAGCAGCCAAUGUGUUUAACAUGUCACGCUCCAAAAACUGCUGUUUAUUCCCCGCUUUGGGCGCCUGAAAUGCAAAUAGUGUGGCUAUAUCCCUCUGCACUAUGCAGAGGAGCCUGUUUUUGUUUCAGUUUUUCCUCAUGAUUUGUUCUCUUAAUUAUCUGGCCGACGUUCACCUUUUCUCGGCGAACCUUUUUUCCGAGCACGCUUUGUUCCAGCCGGACGCUGCAGAGGUACUUCAAAUAUUCAGGACGUGAAUGGAAGCGAGGAACCGUUCCUGCUGAAAAUCGAUGUUUCUCAAAGGUUUGGAUGGUACACUACAAAGACAGAUUGAUGUAUCAGUGAACUGCACAUGUGAUCAAAGGACUGAUGUUACCACAACAAGAUGUUUUUCUUCUUUUUCCCCCCUCUUCUUUUCACCCGACAGCCAAGUAUCUCAAUCUGGAAAACAAAACCACCAUCGUUCCCUCUCACAUUAUUAUUAUCAUCAUUUUUUUUAGCUGUCUUGGGUGCACCAAAGGAAAGUAGAACAUCAAGGAGCAUCGUUUCUGUAUCUCCUGUGAAUCUGCAUGUAUACAGUAAGACAACCUGUGAGAGUUGCUUUGAAUCUAUUAUUUAUAAAAUGUCUAUUUUACCUAUCAGUGAGUGAUGUCUUUUAGACCCUUUCAAAGCCAAAUGUCACUUUGUGUCUGGCAACUUUUCUAAGCAGCUUUGAGGCAUGACCCCCUCCUCCCCUCCCCCUACCAGUUACACACAAACACACACAGAUUCCCACUACACACAUAGUGCUGGUGGCAUCAUGCGUAGCUCGUGCAAUCCUCCAGAUAUCCAGUCUUGUGAUUUUUAGUAGCAUUCCUGUAGAAAU